UCAGCUGGAGGCAGAGCCUGCGGUUUCGGCCGCGCAGUCAAAGCCUUGUGAGAACCCAGUGGAUGCUGGAUUUAUCCCCGCCGCCACCGCCGCUGCUGUUUCUCAGGGGCUGCCAGAGCAUGGACUAUUAAAAACUUGCAUUUCUGCAGUGUGAGGUAACCGUUUGCUUUAUGUUCUCGUCAGCAGAAUUCUGGUCCUGGCUGCCAGAACCUCCCACUCCCACCCUCCUGUUGCCUACUUUCCCAGAGAAAGUUCCAUUAAAUUUCACCAGUACGGAACAAAGACUCACAGUUACUCUCCAGGUAACAUUUUGACGCCAAUAUGGGAAAGCAAAACAGCAAACUACGCCCUGAAGUCAUGCAAGAUUUGCUAGAAAGUACAGACUUUACAGAACACGAGAUCCAGGAGUGGUACAAAGGCUUCUUGAGAGACUGUCCAAGUGGACAUUUAUCUAUGGAGGAGUUUAAAAAAAUAUAUGGGAACUUUUUCCCUUAUGGGGACGCUUCUAAGUUUGCGGAACAUGUAUUCCGCACUUUUGACGCCAAUGGAGAUGGAACAAUAGAUUUCAGAGAAUUCAUCAUAGCCUUGAGUGUAACGUCGAGAGGUAAACUGGAGCAAAAGCUGAAGUGGGCAUUCAGCAUGUACGACCUCGAUGGGAACGGCUACAUCAGUAAGUCAGAGAUGCUGGAAAUCGUGCAGGCAAUCUAUAAGAUGGUUUCUUCUGUAAUGAAGAUGCCAGAAGAUGAGUCGACACCAGAGAAGAGGACAGAGAAGAUCUUCCGCCAGAUGGACACCAACCGUGAUGGAAAGCUCUCUCUGGAAGAGUUCAUCCGAGGCGCCAAGAGUGAUCCGUCCAUAGUCCGUCUCCUGCAGUGUGAUCCCAGCAGCGCUGGGCAGUUCUGAAUCUGUUCUUUGGAUGAAUUAUGUAUCUGCUUUUUUUUUUUUUUCCUUGCCAAACAACAUUCAUGGUAGUGUUGCCUCUGUAUGGCCAAUUAUGCCUUCAUUUGUGGCAUCUUAUAGCUUCUUUUGUUGUGGAUUAAUUAUAAGAAUGCUGAAUUGCUCUUAACAAUUUGUCCAGAGCGCAGGCAAUACUGUUUUAAACAGAUAUUGUGGUGUUAUCACUGUUUAAAAGAUUUUGUUUUGGGGUUGGGUUUUUUGUUGUUUUUUUUUUAACGUGUCUGUUUUGGAAAGUACGUGUUGAGAAGGAGUAAACCAACAACAAAACCCUUGGCAGCAUGACACACUGACAGAUUUUAGAUUGCUGCUUUAGUAGUUAAGUAUUCACCCACAGGACCUGAAGGUGCAGUAGAGGUUGAACCAAAGGGGUCGUGAUGGGUGGGGUAGGAUUCACCUGGAACCUCCUCCCCUGUCCAGGAGACACCAAUUAAGGUCAAAGACAGGAUCGGGAAAAAGUACAGAAGAGCAAAACGUGUGCGGGCUGUGUCGCUGCACCUCUGCUCCUAUGCCUCAUUGUUUCAAUGCUGUGAACAAUUUCCAGGUUGUGAAGCAGAAGGGAAAAAACAAAGUUCGACAUUUUUUACUAGGUUUACAGUAGUUGAUUUCACAUGGCUUUAUCUGAAAAUUCAGCAGUUUGCAAUCCUGAUCCCCAGAUCCACAACUGACAAUACCUCUUACCGUUUGGGCUCAGCAAAGGCAGACACAGAUAUGGAAAACUGGGUCUUGACAAUGAAUUUAAGGGAGAUACAUGUUGAAUGUGAAAUUUUCAGGUUAGUAGUAAUAAAGCAGUUUCUACUAAGGAGAGUGGGCAUUCACGUGAGGAACUCACGGACACCUGCAAGCAGCUGCAGCUGAGGCACAUCUGCUGUUCUGAAUGCUCUUGCAUAAUAUGAACUUUUGGGGGUGUUUUUGUCUCUCUCCACAUAGCUAACAGAGUUUCUGGGCCUGCUCUAAGGGGAAGGCUGUCAUCAAAACUUGUUUUAGACAUAGAAUUGUAGCAUUUAUAUUUCAUUUAUUUUAGUAAAGUUGGAAAAAUCUGUACUGAAAUGAGGAAAUGGUACGCUUUAUGGUAUAUUUAUAUAUAUAAAAAUUAAAACAAAAAAAAGAUCAGUUCUUGAGAGAAAUGUUGAAUGUUUAUCUUUUCACCUAGAUGCAGGAAUUCUGAAAUUUGCUGCUGCAAAACUUUAUCCUUUGGUCAGAGUUGCUGUAUGCAAAGCUAGUACACAUACGUGGGAUUUCUUAGGGACUUUACAAGUGCUGCUGCAAUGGAAAAGCUUUAGCCACAGGAGGCAUUAUGCUGACUAAAUUGGCAUUAAUCUGUCAUUAGCUAAAGUCUGCUCUGUGAUCCUGUUGGAGAGGUACCCAUGUAGGCAGUGCACGGCAUUGGGAAUUCAUGAGCUCGUUAGAGUAACCUUUGUCUGACAGGCAAGGUUGGCAUUUUGUCAAGUGACCUUGUAGAUGCUAAUCCCCAGUAGCCUUAAUUUAAAAUAAACUAAGUAAAAUAAGUCUGCUUUGCAGAUGAUGAUUAGCUAAGUACUAAUUAGAAGUCAUGAAUAAGUAGCCGAGUAUGAAUAUUUUUUUUAUGAGUACUAGCUAGCAUGUACAAUAACUGAGAGAAAAAAAUCCUAGACUUAAUUUUUCCAUGCCAUUUGAUUUGCCAGGUGUGAAGUGCAGAGCAUAUUAAAAUAAAAUAAAAAUAAAUUGAAAUUAACAUUGCUAAUCAGUUGUACUAUAAUUAUUAUGAGUGGCUAAUUGCACUCAAUAAAUGUCUUCAGGCACAUGCCUUUGUCUCAAAUGAUCAAGAAAUCCAGUUGAUGAUAUAUUCCCAUUAUAUUAAUCAAAAUACUGAGCAGAGAUGUGUGUGGGAAAAUAAGAAAGCAAAAGAGGCCCAACCAGAGGCACAAACAGAUUUCGAUACCCAGCACUUUCAGCUGUUACAAGCAUCGCUGGCAAAUCUUGCACCAGUUCCUCCAGUUGAUGGAAAUGUUCCCUAUCUCUUUCUCCCUGAUCUUCAUAGACAUCCUGGGCAUCUCUUUGAAGGAGAGCCUGUGUCUACCUUCUCCAAGGUCAUUUUUUCCUUUACCUGGGGAGCUGCUGGCCCUCUCUCCCAUAUCUGUCACCUCAUGUAUAUUGAAAGCCAUGUUCCCUCUUGAGCACCAGUCCAGUCCCACUGCCCCAGCUGCUCCUGGGUGCUCUGUCACCACCACUGCACAGGCAGGGCUCAGCGAUGCUCGAAAAACCCGGCCAAACUUGUAACCUACCAGCUCAGUGCAGGCACCUAGACCCAGAGCAGCCCAGCCCUACAGAAGCUGGCAUCUACUGAAAGUGAACUUGGAUACCUUCUGCAGUUCCAUGUUCUGCAUGUGACUGCAACUUUUAAAACAUUGCCUUUUAUUUAAGUGACUGCAUUCCAUCUCUUUUUAGUUUUCUAAGGUAUUUCUGGCCCAGAACCUAAUCUCGCUGUUUUCGCUCAGUAGUUUUGGGGCUUUGGGGCCAGACUUGCUUCACGUGUUAAUACUGUACAACGCAUGUUUGAAAACACAGCCCGUGAUAUGACCCCUGGCCAGCGGAGAUGCAAUUCUUCCAACAGUUCACAAAAUCUGGAAAGAAUAAGAAUUAGCCUAUGCUCCAGAGGACAUAGCUGGAGAUAAGAUUAUUGUAUAAACAUUUACAGACUGAACUAAGGUUAUUCCUUUACCUGACUACCGCUGAUGAUUGGUAUUGUUUUAAAUUACUAACUAUCCCUUUCUUUCUCUGCCUCUCCUUGUAUUUUAAAAGUGAUCCGUAGCUGGAGCUGUGAUAGGAACAGCCGCAAAGCGCAGUGCAGCAGGACAGCAGUGGUGUGCUGCGCCUCGGAUUGGAAUUUUCUGCUUUGCUGCCGUUCACAUUUGCGAUCAUAACUCCUUCGUAAACCUUUUGAAGACAAAAUGACCUAUCCUGUAAAAAAUAGCACAUCAAGUCAGACACUUUCAAGCCAUCAGUUAGCAGUAUUUCCCUACAUGAAGGAUGGCAGACAGCACAUACUGUGUCACAUCACCUCAAUUUCGUAGAUGCAUUCUCCAGUCUUAGAUGCAUGUGAAAGAGGUAACAUUCACUCGCAUGUUGUCCAAGUGAAUUAAUGAGUACAUCCCACAUGUAGACUGAAUCCAUGGAAAAUGCCAGUCCCGUUUAUCUGGCAUUCCCAGUCAGCUUGCCAGACCAGAAGAUGGGAAGUGAGUACUAUGGCUUGCGCAGUCUGCAGCAGCCUGUCUUUGUUUUAGGGUGCUUUGGGAAGGGAAAAGGGACAUAAUGCUUAUAAAACCAGCAUGCAUGUGGUUUUGUGAGCAAAGGUUUGAGAGGGACUAUCUAUGUUUCAGCGUUAUUUGAAGCCCUGUGAGUUCACAGCAGUGAGUACUCCUGAGGUACACAAAACUGUGCUUCUUCUCUUGCUGUUCUUAGGAGUUUGCAGGAUUUUUGUCUUAUUGUCGGGGCAUUUUGUCCUUUGUUAUGCUCUGUUAUAAAGCAUGUCCUCCACUUUUUCUAGACACUACUGCUAAAAACAGUUAGCCAGAAUUCUGUAACUUCUGUAGCUGCAUGAGGUCUAUGUGCAGAAGUAUCGCAGUCUAGUACACUAAGUGGUCACAUGUGACCGAGUCCCCAUGGUUUAAUAACUGCUCCCGGAGGCUGAGCCCCAGGGCUUUUCAGCGUGUGCUUUCUUCACUGGUGGCAAACCGGUGCAAUAAUGUGGCUUAGCUUAAUUUUCUUUCACUGCAGACCAAGCUAAGACACAUUACCUUGCAUUUGCUGUGGGCUGGAAGCACACACAUGGGCAGAAACCUCGGUUCGGCUGACUCAUGGAAACUAGGUGAACUGUGGUAACUCGAUGUUGAGCCCUAAUCCGCAGACUAAGCCAAGAUGAUAACUUGGCUGUGGCUGUACAUGUCUCAGUACAUGUGAACCGGGGAACACGGUGACAACUGGCAAGUCCCUGGGGACACAUGGCAGUGGGGAGGGAAUCUCCAGACUCAGAACAUGCCCUAAGCUCAGCUGUCUCCCUUCUUUUAAAGCACUCUUUUUUUGUUUGUUUUUUUUAGCAGCACCGGUGAAGAUGCAACAUGAUAGCAAUAUAGCACAGUCAGGAUAAAGGAGUCAUCCUUCAAAAGCAUUCCCUUUUGAAGCCUAGUGUGCAAGCACCAAGUGAAACGAGCAAAGGGGAGAGCUGGACAAGACCUCCUGAACACCCACCACUGCCAGCACCUCCUUUUUUCUUUCUUGUGGUGCUCCCUCCGUUUCCUGGUGAGGCGGUCCAGGGGCUCAGGAGUUAGGUGUCAGGUAACUGGUGCAAGACUGGUGGAGAAAAAUUUUUCACCUGCCCUUUGCACAAGCAUUUGGAUGCAUUCUUUGCUCUCUGUCUUACCAGGCGGUGUCUCACGUAGGAGUCUUAAAGUGGGGGAAGUCAGUUUCCUUGGUAUCACAGGCAGAACUUGUGCUUAGAAAUGCAGAGGGACUUGGCAAGCGCCAGACAGCCGAGCAACACGUAGAGCUGCAUGCGGAGUUUUCCAUUGCCUGUGCAGUAGGCAGAUAAGAUACAAAGCAGUGAUAUGUCAGGCUCAUGGUGUGAUGUGCUCUGAGAUAGGGCUAGACCAGAAAUGGCACCUCCUAGCUGAGCAGCUCUGUCUGCUGCAUAUUCAGUCAGAGGUGCUGACGAAACGCACUUUUAAAUACCUUCAGCACGAACAUGCAGCUGCAGAGGUAGAAUAACUCUGCUCUUUCUUGCCUGUAAGCAACAGAGCUGUUUGCCAUGCCCCAGCUAGACGUCAAACAAACAGCUCCCUGGAGGAGCAUCAGGCAUUUCCUAAGUGUAACUGAGGGCAAAACGUUACCCGCAGGAGCUCUCUUCCUGGUCAUGGCAGACAAGAAGGGAAAGCUCCGUCUGACUGUGGUCCAGGUGCCAUUUUGCAGGCUGAGGAAAGUGAGAAGAACAGUUGUGUUUUAAGCAGAUGGAGGGAAGAAGCAGCAGGGUUGGUAAACUGGGAUGCAGAUGGAAAGCAGUGACAUGGGAAAUCGGGACUAUCAUUAAGGGGCUGCAGAAGCCGUUAGGUGCCUCUGGCAUUCCGAGCAGUAGAAUGAUUGUUCAGAUGCAAAGUCAAUCUCUUCACCCCUUGCAGAAACCAUCCCUGGCUACCAUGGAUGUCUUGGCAGCAUCCCUUAUUCCAGCCCAGCUUUUGCUGCUGUUGCUUCCAGAUCAUCCAUACUGUUUCAGGGGUGGGGAUUUUCACAGGAUAACAUAUAAAGCUUUUCAGAUACACUCUCCAUAUCUUAAGAAGUAACAGCUGGAAAGGCCAGAUGUAAGGGGCUUUUUGCAAUGUACAGAUUUGAUUUCCUCAUUGCUCCCACAGGUCGUGUUAUUGUAGUAUGUAUAGUUGGGACUAAGCUAUUGUGUGUAAAUUGAUGAGUAAUGCACAAUAAACAAGGCAAAAAAGAGCUUGGGCUGUAGUGAAAAAUGUGAAAAGACUAGAGAAAUGAAAAACUGUAAGAGGCAUCACUGCCUUUAGAUCAGGGUCUGAAUUCACAAGGUAAACGCCCCUUAGCAAUCAAUAGUUAGCACAGAAUAUUUCCUCUUCACCAGCCCAGCCCAUAGGACCUCCUGGGCUGCUUCGCUUCAUCCCCGUGUCACUGUGUGCUGGGGCUGGGGAUGCUGUGUCCCACCACAGAGAUGGCAUCUGAGCUUACUCAGCCUGCUGAGUGCUUCCCAGAUCUCAGAGCACACAACGGCCACCCUCUCUGUAGUGUUCCCUUACUGUGCAGCUGAAAAAUGUCUCAGAUCUUCCCCUCUUGCCCUGACCUUAUAGCAAGGGUGUUCUCACCUUCCCAAAGAGGCAGUCAGGGUGUCUGGCUCUCUGAGGCUUUGCGCCCACCUCCUGGUUGCCCUCCUUAGCCGCUGUGUGAAGGAAUAACAAACGCCAGCCCUUGAGAUCUGGAGGAGCCAGGCUCAAUGCACUUAAAUGGAACAGCUUCUGAUCUGGUUCCCAGCCUUCGGCCCUCCUGUGUGUACCUUGCCAGCUGCACUAUUUAUUUCCUAUUAUUAAGUAAUGGCAGUAUUAAACAUUUCAAGAACACAGCGAACCUCUGGAACAAUGUGGUUUUCAUUAUCAUGUAUGUCUUUGUUGACUGCACCACAGACUGAACCUGACCAGUGCUCACCCUCCGCUCCCAUGGUCGGUUCCACAGAGAGCUAAUUUCUUCCAGGCAGAAGCAGCAUCUUCCUGUGCGUCACCAUUCAGUGUGCGGUGCCCGAUGCCGCCUGGAGCACCCAGAUACUGAGGACCAAAAGAUAAUUUUGGCGCAGCAAUGUCAGGCAGAGAUUCUUCCUGCCAUCUGUCAAAAGCACGUGUCAAGGGUGUGACCUCUGGUUUUCUCCUCCCUGGGGACAGGGGUUUCAGUGGUAUUCAGGGCUGGCCUCAUGUUCCCCCACUGAAUGGGAUGAUGGUAAUUAGUAAACCCACCUGAGAAAAUCCUCUUAAAUUCUAAGCUUCGUUUGUGCUGUUAAUUGGCUGCACUCAGAGGGAAGAUUAAUGGGUCCUAGGCAGUUGUUCAGGGGAGAACUUGCAGUUCCUUGCCACCACCACCACCUUUUUAUGUCCUGUUAUUAGUUUAUUCCCAUCUCCAGGGCAACCAAAUAGUUUUUAUUAGUAUCUGUGAGAAAAAGAAAAAACAAAAACAGAGUUUGAAUCUGAUAAGGAUCUAAGGAAGCUUACUAAGGAUGUUGUGCUCCAUGUUAGUCAUGACUGCUCUACAAGAUCAAGUUUCUUUGGUAUUUUGUGUUUAAUUUCCUUAUUUGUGUUUUAGUUGCAUUUGUGAUUGAUUUUUUUUUUGGGGGGAUCCUCUUAGAUUCAGCCCUGCCAGUCGUUUAACUCAUGCUAGUAAAAGUCCUGAUGAUCACAAGAGCAGAGCUGCCUGAGCAAUUGCUGCCGAGGUGGGCUCACCAUGCCUAGUAAAACUGAAGUGCUUCGUUAUAUGUGAGGGAUUCUUUUUGUCUGCACGUUUGCUGCAAGGACACAGAUCGAACUGCAUUUCAAUAUGCUUGUCUCUUCCACUUGCUCACUUCAAUUCUGUCUGAGCAGUCUUGUAGUUAACAUUUGUAUAUUCGGUUCUAUUUCUCUCUUGAACCCAAGGUGACCAAUAUCGGCCUCUUCUGACACAGGUACUUGAUGCUUUGGAUUUUUAAGUAUUGCUAAGUGAAUGAUGUGAUGGAUGCAAAAGUAAAUAAUUAUACAUUUUUGUGCUGGUUUAGGCUGGGACGCAGUUUAAUUUUCUUCACAGCAGCGUGUAUGGGCUGUUUUGGAUUUGUGCUGGGAACAGUGCUGAUAACACAGGGAUGGUUUCGUUGCUGCUGAGCAGGGCUUACCCAGAGCCAAGGGCUUUUCUGCUCCUCACCCCACCCCACCAGCGAGUGGGCUGGGGGCACAAGGAGCUGGGAGGGGACACAGCCGGGACAGCUGACCCCAACUGACCAAAGGGAUAUUCCAUACCAUGACACCGUGCUCAGCAUAUAGAGCUGGGGGAAGAAGGAGGAAGGGGGGGAUGUUCGGUGUGAUGGUGUUUGUCUUCCCCUGUAACCGCCAUGUGUGAUGGAGCCCUGCUCUCCUGGGGGUGGCCGAACACCUGCCUGCCCCUGGGGAGGGGUGAAUGCAUUCCUUGUUUUGCUUUGCUUGCGGCUUUUGCUUUACUUAUUAAAUGGUCUUUAUCUUAAUCCACAAGUUUUCAUAGAAUGAUAGAACCUUUUAGGUUGGCAAAGACCUUUCUCACUUUUACUCUUCUGAUUUUCUUCCCCAUCCCACUGGUGGGGGAGUGAGGGAGCAGCUGUGUGGGGCUUAGUGGCCAGCUGGGGUCAAACCGUGACAAUUUUUUUUGUGUAAAUUUGGGCAGAUAUUUUUGAUGUAGACACUAAGAAAUUGAGCUAAACCAUGGCCAAAAGCUGAACGGAUCCAAGUGUCCAGUUCCCGUUUAAGUCCACGACCAUUCCACAGGGAGAACUUUCUCAUCUCUGAAUCAGACUGGUUCUACAUUGCAGCAUACAGUAGGGAUACCAAAUCUAACCUUAAACAAGUUAGCGCAGGCAGACUAACUGCAGCAGCACGGAGUUCAGCAUAUCCUGUGUCUUGGCAAAAUUAGGUACCUCUCUAGAUGAAUGCUUUGUAAGCAAAUUUGCAUAUCCUGAGGAAGAUUUUUACAAGUCAGAAAGGAGAGGGAUGACUAUGAAUUAAAUGAAUUUGGUCCACAUAUUUUUCUUAUGACUGUCUAGAAUUGCUAGUGUCUUGUGUGUAGUUGCCUGUAGCUAUCGUGGUGUGCUGAUUUUUCUCCCCAGUUCUAUUGUAAGCUCAUCUGGUGAUAUUCUGAGUCUCCAGACAGUUCUCAGCCAGGCAAAGCCCCAUGGAAAGGCUGCCGGGAGGUGCGCUGCUGCCCUGGGGAUUUGGCCCUGUGCUGUUGCAGGCUUUGGGAGCUUUGCAGAGUGACGUGUUAAACCUACCCAGUAGCAUGGAAGUAGACGAUCGAUCGGGCCAUCAGAGGAAACAGAGAAUUUGGCGGAGGGUUGUGUCUGUGUUUUGCACCCCCCAGCACGUGCACCAUUCCCCCUGCUAUUAACUUCCAGUUAGGACCUUUUUCGAGCUCUUAGUGUCAGAGUAAAGUUUUCUUAUGCUGAUGAUGUAUUUGUAUUAUGCAAUGUACUCAGAAAAAACCCAGAAGAUUAUCUCUCUGCAGCUGUCCUCUCUUCUUGAGAAGCUGUUCUCUUCUGUAUAUAUGAUAUGCAGAAUGUACGGGAGUCUUACCAGCAUUGGUUUGCAUUUUUAAGACUGUUCUAAUUAGUGUGUGAUACUAUUGUGUUUUUGUAGUGACAUCUUUGAUGUAAGAUGUAAAAACUAUUUAAAAUGAUUUUUUUUCUUUUGGUUAUUGUUCAGCUUUUAGAGAUAGCACCAAGGACUGCAUGUUCACUAGAAUCAGUCUUUUUCAAGGGCCGUCAUAGCUGCACAUAGGCACCGGCGUUUCACCCGGAGCACAAUACCUGCAUUCUUGUUUUAAUAGGGGUCAGUUGUGAGUGGAAAGUAAUUCUUCCUGAAAAGUCUAGUUUUCUGUCUUUCCCUCUCUCAGACUCAAGCUUCCCACUCCCGCUGUGUGUCAGUCCCAGCCCCAGGAGGAGACUUGGGAGCAGGGUCCCCUAACGCGGGGCACACCGCUGGCCCCUGGUCAGGCUUCCUUACCCCUGAGCUCACUGCAUGCACACUCAGCGUUCCUUGGGACUGCUGGCUAUACCAUGACAAAACCGAUGGGUUCAUAUUUUAAGGCCAUUUGUGCAAAUGACUUCAAAAUUAAUUAACUAAAACUUGGAGGAAUGAAGCAAUUAAGGAAAAGGAGACCCUGAGCGGCAAGUUUGGGGUCAAAAUCUUAUUGGGCUGCUUAAUACAGCAAGAACUUGGGGUCAGUCCCUAAAAGACAGGACCGUUUGGGGGGGCUUAGGUCUACGUUUCUUGUUGGGUUUGGAGAGUGAAGAGGGGCUUGGAUCCGGCCUUUCAGGCAGUGCUGACUUACUCAACAAAUUGAGUCUGAGAGAGAUGCUUCUCCAGAUUGUGUCCUGGGCCAAAAUAGAAGACAUGCUGCAGCUUAGGAGUUUUUUGUCUUUUAGGUUUUUUUUUCUUUUUAACGGAGAAAGCAGUAUAAACUGCACCUGGAAAAAUGACUGACUUUAAAAGCAUGGUUUCCCUUGUUAUAUAGACACUCACAAAACAGCAUUGUGUGGUUAAAAAGGCGCAUUUGUGAUAGUUUCUUUUUCAGUGCCAAAAUAUAUAAGCAGUAUUGUUUGAAGGGAAAUAAGAAUUUUUUUACUGUAUUGUUAUUACCGUUGAACAAAUAUUGUUUUUAAAUGUUAGAUUUUGAAGACUUUUGUAUUGUAAACUGUUUUGUGACAUGGUGCUUUUUCAUACUGGAAUUACUGAUCGCACCUAAAUAUGAAUUAUUUUGUUUUCUUAUAUAAAUAUGUAACCUUGAUCAAUCUUGAUGAAAACCAAUGUAUGGUGGAUACCAAUGGUUCAAACAAAUUCUCCUACUGAAAUCCCCUGAAUGUUCUUUCCUACUAAUAAACAUUCUGCUGCAGCUA